AUAACACAGCUUGUUCACACAUCUCUUCAAAAGUUCAACAACAAACACCUUAUAUAUACAUAUAUACAAGUACCAACAAGUCUAAUUACAGUGUAGAUGAUAUAACCUUAACCACUCACUCACCCAUCUCUCUCUCUCUCUCUCUCUCUGUGUUUUGCUUUAGGAGAAAGAAAGAGAAGGAAGAUGGGUGCCCUUGAGUAUCUGUCCAACUUUUGCACCGUCACCAGCACAAGCAUAAGAAGCAAACGCAAACCAAUGCAGACAGUUGAGAUCAAAGUGAAAAUGGACUGUGAUGGCUGUGAAAGAAGAGUUAAAAAUGCUGUUUCCUCCAUGAAAGGUGUGAAAUCUGUGGAUCUAAACAGGAAGCAGAGCCGGGUGACAGUAAGCGGCUUUGUUGAUCCAAACAAGGUCUUAAUGAAAGUAAAGAGAACUGGGAAGAGAGCUGAGUUCUGGCCAUACAUCCCAUACAAUGUAGCUUACUAUCCUCAUGCUUCUCAGGUCUAUGACAAGAGGGCUCCAGCUGGUUUCGUUCGGAAUGUCGCACAGACCGUCUCUGCUGCCGGCCCAAACCCUCCAGAGGAGAGAUUGACCUCUCUGUUCAGUGAUGAUAACCCUAAUGCAUGUUCUGUCAUGUGAGGAAUAUUCAUAUCAUGUUUGUGUCUGUAGUUAAAAAUUAUCAACUGGUUUUGUUCCUCUUUUUGAGAGAACAUAAUGUUUUUGUUAAAAAAAAAAAGUGAGUUGAGUAAAUUCUAUAUGUUAUGCAUUAAAUAAAGAAUGUGCCUUGCCAUUAUUUGCUUUGUUAAUGGUUAGUCACAAGUUUUAUGUA